ACUUACUUCGCCACUGAGAUUGUAUCUCUAUUUCAUUUAGAGCGAAACAACACAUUUCUGCGUGACUAGUAGGCUACUCUGUGGAACGGGAAUUUCCACAAAGUGCUUCGUUCAGCUUAAUCUGAGGCGGGUUGAUAAUUUAACCAGUAAAAAAAAGAAGACACAAUUGAGAAGCAAUUCCUUGCCAAAAAAUGGUUUGUGCGGAGAUGCGAAAAAAAAGUUAUCCAACAUCCUCAUGAACGCGGUCCUGUACAGUUUAUGAUUCUAAGGAAAGUGAAGGAGAAACUGCUCGACAACUCCAAGGAUUCGGACUAUGUAUUUUGAAGCUUUUGUGUGUUACUGACAGAAAUUUCACCUGCUCGUGUUAUCAGGUGUUUGCUAUAUUUAGUCAAGUCAGAAAUCUGUUGCUCAAGAACUGCUUGAAAAAGCAAGGACUCACGUUUUUUUAGGUUGCUAAUUGUUUCGAUGAACGUGACCAUUCGAGAAAUAAGAGGCAUUGUUUACCGACGGCUCACGGGCUCUCGCAAAGCGAGAACGGAAUCAAAUCGUUUAAUAUUUAUGUGGCAAGCCAGUCGGUUGACAAAUUAUAUCGAAUGAGGACAUUGUUGAAACCAGAUACCUGCCGAGUCACAAGCUUACGGCCUAUUGAGCACAUCAGCACUUGUCACAUCAGUCCAGGCAAGGUCAUCGCUUCUUCCUGUCUUUCUCCAUCCGACUGUUAAACACUGAGUCCCGGCGCUCUUCACAUUCUUCAAUGGAGAGCCUAAGUGAGCUUCAGAACCCUCUACUGGAUAAGAAUAGCAAGCAUCUGGUCAAGGCUGACUAUGGCUAUGGGGGAGACUUCCACAGCAACCAAUAUCAGGAGAACAUUAUAAAUUACUUUGUGACUGGUGGAGGAGGUGGGGGAGUCGGUGGAGGUGGGGUUGGGGUCACAGGAGGAAAUGGCAAGGCGAAAGCCCAGCUACUGGACGCCACCUCACUACACCUAGCAGUGGAGGCAUUUUACAAGCCUAACUUCAUCCUUUACAAGGAUGAUGGGAGCAGCAAGGGAAAGGAUUACAAAAAUGAGUGCUGCGAGACAACAUUCAUGGAGAAGAAAGAGAAGGUAGUAGUGGUGGAGACGGCCACAACAGAGGACCUGAAAGCAAAACUCCUGGACGAAAACAAUGUGAAAAUUCAGACGGUCUCUUAUGAGGUAGAAGAAGAGGAAUACGUCGAAUAUGAGACAGAUUGCUCCAGCGACAGUGAAAGUGAGGACAACUUCAUUGUUAUCCCUCCUCGUGAUCACCUGGGCCUUGCUAUCUUCUCCAUGCUCUGCUGCUUCUGGCCUCUGGGCAUUGCUGCUUUCUACUUUUCUCAGGGGACCAGCAAAGCCGUGACUAAGGGAGACUUCCCACUGGCUAGCAUUGCCUCCAGACGAGCCCUGUUCCUGGCCGCACUCUCCAUCACCAUUGGAACAGGGGUGUACGUGGGCGUGGUGGUGGCCCUCAUUGCAUAUCUGUCCAAACCAGGCCACAUAUAGCAGGGCCAGAAAGGAAACCACAGGACUUCAUGAUAAUACUGCCCACGAACGUCUUUUUCUAAAUGUCUCUCUCAUUGUCAUCCCUCCCCAUGGACUGCCUGUCUGCCCAAAUUAGAGAAAGAGAUGAAGCAGAAAACGAUGAACCCAGAAAAACUGUGGACUUAAUCACUUUAUCAUUAUAUAUGUCACCUUGUGUCACACCACAGCAGUUGCCCCAUUGGAUAAAACUUUAACUUAAGUCUUGCUUAAGUCUGAGAGCAGUUCAGGUGAAGAAUACAAACUAGAGAUACAAAUAAGAAAUCCAAUUAACAAAAACCUAAGGGAAGAUAUUCCAAAGGACACCCACAAGGAUCAAAAGAGACUAAGCGCCCUUGGAUUAGUUUUUUCCUUUCCAGCUGUGAUUCAUUCCGAACCUGAAAGAGAACUCAAGCCGUUCUCUGUUCCUCUGUCAUUAUUUACUUAAUUCGUUAAACCCAGUAAGAGUGUAUGGCUCAAUUAAACCAGCGCUGCUGAAAACACACUGCGGUCUCUGCUGUUCACGAAAGAGCUCUGUUAAAACAUAUUAUACAACAGGUGACUGCUAUGUUUCCUUAUCUAUUUGGAAAAAAUGAUAGAGCCUUGUAUGUUAUAACAAGCAGAGGUAGAGUCCACUCUCAAGCCUAAGUGCUUAUGGUUAUACAGAACUACAGAAAUAAGAAAUAGCUAUCAAAAACAAUGCAGUCCACCUCUGUGAAUUCAAAUUAAUCUGUGAAAUUCGGCUCCACUUACACACAACCUAUGCUGAUCUCUGUGCAGUUUCCUCUUGUUAGGGCUCUAUGCUUUGUGUUGUAAAUUCAUGUAUUUUGUCUUUUUGUAAGUUUAUGUCAUGGUAGAAUAAAAGCCAAAACGUAAACUCUGGUGCUGAGAAUUCUGAACAGUAUAUAUAUAACAUGAAGAACAAGAAGCAUCUGUAUCAGUAAGUAUAUUUGUUUGACUUUAACAGCAUUUAAUGGUGUUUUCACACCAAAAGCUCUGAACUGAAUGUGAAAAGUAAUGUGUCAUCUUAGUCCCCAAAUGCAUAACUUUGUGUUCCUAAGAUAAAAAAUGAAUUAAAACAAUCAGACUUGAGAUGAGUUAAACUGGCAAAAGAAAUGUACCUUCUUCGUAUUGUAAAAUGGAUGUUAGAAAAUAAUGCAGGUUAGGGCUCAGAUUGAAUUGAUUAAUAAUGUAUUGCUUGUCUGUGGGCUUACAGGCUAUGGCACAUGAGAAUAAACUCACAGAUAAUGUAGUGUUAGGGGUCGACUGUUCCAUUGCAACACCAAUUGAGCUUGAAUUUGGUGUAGUCAUCCGCAUAAUAACUUCAAAACACAAAAGCAAUUGGUGUUCAUGUGGCUGGGUGGUAUAACAAUUGGUGCCUGGAUUGAAUCAUUAUGAUACAAGCCUUUGAAAGUUGGUAGAAAUAAAAUUAUAACCCCCUAAUUGCUGCAGUCCUCCCAGGAGGAGUUCUCACUUAGAUGACAGGAUCUUUAAUAGCCUGGUUCUACACAAGUAACAUAGAAGGUGGUACAAAAAAGUGUUU